AUGAUUGACGAAAACCUGCCCACCUUCUUUCUAAAGAACGACUCAAAGACUCCCCAGCAAAAUACCAUCUAUCACCGUCAACAUGGAAAUGACCCCGAACCCGCAUAUACUCUCCGCGCCCUGGACCCCGCCGCCCCUGCGUCACAAAACCGUUAUGGCGUCGCCCUCUGCGACCCCUACGUACCGGAUGUCGUCUUUGGGGAGGUCGCUGUAAUCCCCGAAUGGACACAGCCGAGUAUGUCCGCAGAUACUAUUCGAGCCAAUGGUGGCGCUCCCCCUCCGGCUGAACCUAUCCUCCCCGUCGAAUUCACCAUCCAACUUUACAAUCCCGACCAGACGAUCACCGUGAAACACCAACCCAAGUCCUGGAAUAAACCCGCUCGAUGGGAAUUCGAGAUGCCCCAGCGCACUUUCCGAUUCCCUUCCGCCUCGACCCUAGACCGAACGCAGAGUGACCCAGCGGCAGCAGACGUGACACCGAAGCUACGAUUCAGUUGGCGGAAAGAUGGAAAACUGUCCAAGGAUCUUACAUGUCUGCUGCAUGGGAAAUCAACGACAAUUGCAGACACGCAGAAGAAGAGCCGGGAGCCCGAUAUCACCGUCGCACUAUUUCAAGGUCUGCGUGAGCUCACACUCUAUGAGCCGAAUCUCUACCGUGUGGAAAUGGAAGACUUCAAAGGCCUGGAAGUUGUCUUGUUGCUUGCUGCAGUGGCUAUUCGUGAUAUAUUCUUCGGCCUCGCCAAGGAAGCAUUUCAUAUCACAGCUGGUGGGCCAACAAUGACCAACGGCAGGCCACAGCCCGUAGCUACUCCUGCCCCCGCAGGUAGGAAGAGCCCGAAGGUUCAAGCUGCUGGCGCAGCCCCCAAGCCCGAAGGAGACAAGACGAGCUCGCGCAAGAAGAAAUCCGCCGGACGCAAGAACUCCUAUCGGCAGAGAAACGCGCGCAAGAGAAAUCGCGACAAAAGCGCCAGGCUGAAGUCGACAAGGAAACAAAACGACUACAAAAGCUCUACGGACAAGAAGAGCACCAAGCUCGACUUCAACCAGCUCCCUCUUCCCGACCAAAUCUCCCCCCCACGGCACAGCGGUCCUUCUCGCCCAUACUCCCACCACCCUUCUCAGUCUUACUCAUACCUCCCUCAACAAACGCCCACUCAGCAGCCUCCUCGCUACCAUCGACCGCAACAGUCUCAUGGCGCACCCGUCCCCACAUUCGCUAAUGGCCCGUAUAUGCAUGCGCCCGGGGGCAGAGACCCGCGGAUCCAAUCAUCCGCUCACAUCGCCCAACCCCGGCCUCAGGUCCGGCCCCAGUCGACGGUCGGUUUCUACCCGACCGCGACGAGCACCGGGGCCUUGCAGCCGGGGCCACAGCCUGCUCAGAAGCUACAACCUAAGAAAAGCAGUUUCUUUGGAUUCCGGCGCAACAAGGAAGAAGACGACAGAAAGCGUCUGGAUAAAAAGCGGAGUUCGAUGUUCUGA